ACUGCGAGGUGAAGCUUUAAACUUCAGACUUGGAGGUGGGCUGCGCGCAGUCAACUGGAUGCUCUCGCGCGCAGUCUUCAGCGCAGGAGUGAUCUGAAGCAGGACGGCUCAGGCUGCAGCUGCUGUGGCUUUGUGUGCACUGGAUGCCGCGCUCCGGAGACGGGGGAGGGUUUUUACUUCAACUCACAGGCAAUGGAAUUACAGCUGUAGCAGCAGGGUAUAAAGGAUUGCUUUUUUUCCUCGUCUUCCUGGAGGUGCUCAGUCCUGGCCCAUUUUAAGGAAGAGAAAUAUAAAGGGAAUUUGGUGUGCUUCCCUCUCCUUCCAUGAAGACUGCUUGCACUGUGUCCUUUGCUUGUUCAAAGAGACUCCGCCCAUUCUAGUAGAACGGGACUGAAACAGAAAUUCUGAGAAAGCAGCAAGAAGCAGAAGAAAUAGCUAUUUCACAGCAGUAACAGAAGCUGUGUGCUAUAAUAAAGACCUCAACACUGCUGACCAUGAUCAGCCCAGCCUGGAGCCUCUUCCUCAUCGGGACUAGAAUUGGGCUAUUCUUCCAAGUGGCACCUCUGUCAGCUAUGGCUAAAUCCUGUCCAUCUGUGUGUCGUUGUGACGCGGGUUUCAUUUACUGUAACGAUCGCUCUCUGACAUCCAUUCCAGUGGGAAUUCCAGAGGAUGCUACAACACUCUACCUUCAGAACAACCAAAUAAACAAUGUUGGGAUUCCUUCAGAUUUGAAGAACUUGCUGAAAGUACAAAGAAUAUACCUAUACCACAACAGUUUAGAUGAAUUUCCUACCAACCUUCCAAAGUAUGUAAAAGAAUUACAUUUACAGGAGAAUAACAUAAGAACUAUCACGUAUGACUCACUUUCGAAAAUUCCGUAUCUGGAAGAGUUACACUUGGAUGAUAACUCAGUCUCAGCUGUUAGCAUCGAAGAGGGAGCAUUUCGAGACAGCAACUAUCUGCGGCUGCUUUUUCUGUCCCGUAACCAUCUUAGCACAAUCCCGGGGGGGUUGCCCAGGACUAUUGAGGAAUUACGCCUGGAUGACAAUCGCAUAUCAACUAUCUCUUCCCCGUCACUUCACGGUCUCACAAGCCUGAAACGCUUGGUUUUAGAUGGAAACUUGUUGAACAACCACGGCUUGGGUGACAAAGUUUUCUUCAACUUAGUAAACUUAACAGAACUGUCCUUGGUGAGGAAUUCUUUGACAGCAGCACCGGUGAACCUUCCUGGUACAAGCCUGAGGAAGCUUUACCUUCAAGACAACCAUAUCAACCGGGUACCCCCAAAUGCUUUUUCUUAUUUAAGGCAGCUGUAUCGACUCGAUAUGUCCAAUAAUAACCUAAGCAAUUUACCUCAGGGUAUCUUUGAUGAUUUGGACAAUAUAACCCAACUGAUUCUUCGCAACAAUCCUUGGUAUUGUGGGUGCAAGAUGAAAUGGGUAAGAGACUGGUUGCAGUCGCUACCUGUGAAGGUCAACGUGCGUGGGCUCAUGUGCCAAGCCCCGGAAAAGGUCCGUGGAAUGGCUAUCAAGGACCUCAGUGCAGAACUGUUUGAUUGUAAAGACAGUGGGAGUGUGAGCACCAUUCAGAUAACCACUGCAAUACCUAACACAGCAUAUCCUGCUCAAGGACAGUGGCCAGCUCCUGUGACCAAACAACCAGAUAUUAAAAACCCCAAGCUCAAUAAGGAUCAGCGAACUACAAGCAGCCCCUCACGGAAAACAAUUUUAAUUACUGUGAAGUCGGUCACCCCUGACACAAUCCACAUAUCCUGGAGACUUGCUCUGCCUAUGACUGCUCUGCGACUCAGCUGGCUUAAACUGGGCCAUAGCCCAGCCUUUGGAUCUAUAACAGAAACGAUCGUAACAGGAGAACGCAGUGAAUACUUGGUCACAGCCCUAGAGCCUGAGUCACCAUAUAGAGUAUGCAUGGUUCCCAUGGAAACCAGUAACCUUUACCUGUUUGAUGAAACGCCUGUUUGUAUUGAGACCCAAACUGCCCCUCUUCGAAUGUACAACCCCACAACCACCCUCAAUCGAGAGCAAGAGAAAGAACCUUACAAAAAUCCAAAUUUACCUUUGGCCGCCAUCAUUGGUGGGGCUGUGGCCCUGGUAAGCAUCGCCCUCCUUGCUUUGGUGUGUUGGUAUGUGCAUAGGAACGGGUCACUGUUCUCACGGAACUGUGCGUACAGCAAAGGGAGGAGGAGAAAGGAUGACUAUGCAGAAGCCGGUACUAAGAAAGACAACUCCAUCCUGGAAAUCAGGGAAACUUCUUUCCAGAUGCUACCGAUAAGCAAUGAACCCAUCUCCAAGGAGGAGUUUGUAAUACACACCAUAUUUCCUCCAAAUGGGAUGAAUCUGUACAAAAACAACCUCAGUGAGAGCAGUAGUAACCGGAGCUACAGAGACAGUGGGAUUCCAGACUCAGACCACUCACACUCAUGAUGCAAGGAGGUCCCACGCCAGACUGUUCUCGGGUUUUUAAAAAAAAAACCUAAAAAAGGUGAUGGUAGCAACUCUGUUCUACUGCAAAACACUGGAAAAGAGACUGAGAAAAGCAAUGUACUGUACAUUUGCCAUAUAAUUUAUAUUUAAGAACUUUUUAUUAAAAGUUUCAGAUUUCAGGUUGCUGCUGCGGUUGAUGUAGUGGGAAUGCCUGAACACAAUUCUCUAUUUUAGUAUUUUUUAGUAAUUUGUACUGUAUUUUCCUUGCAGAUAUUGAAGUUAUAAACCAUUUACUUUGUGUUCUACUGAGUAAGAUGACUUGUUGACUGUGAAAGUGAAUUUUCCCGCUGUGUUGAACAAUCAGGACUGCGUUCACAUGAAACCCUUGUAGUAUAAGCACAGGCCGUUUUUCACUUUGGUAUUAAUACGAUGUAAAAAA